AUGAUGUUCCGCGCCGCUCUUCUAUGCUUCGCUGCACUCUUCUCGCAACACGCUUCUGGCGUACCAUACCCACAGCCAAACUCAACAUUGCUCGCGAACAACACAAUCUGCAACUCCACCGCCCGCUUUUGCGAAGGCGAUCCCAACGCCGUCAACCCUCCUCCCCUCGGUUCGGGAGAAUACGUAUGCCACGAAGUUUACCCAACCGAUCUCACCGUCAUCAACGCGCGCUACCCCGAUUACGACGUCGACCACCUACACCAAGCAAAGCAGUUCUUCAUGCUACGUCGUCAGGUCAAAGAUGCUGGAGAAAUUGCCACACGUGUACAGUUUCAAGGCCUACCGAACAGCACGUCGAACUACACCUGCCGUCUCGAAUUUGUCCUCCCCCGCCUUGAGCUCCAGAAGAUCUCUGGCCCGAACCCAAGCUUUCACGUAUACCAAGUCGAGCGCGAAGCCGGUGCGAUCGCUACAUGGAAUACAUAUGAGGCGGAGAAGAACGCCUUGCUGUUCGGUACGGUCAACGGCGAAAGCCAGGCGCUUGAGAGGACAAGGAGUGUCGGCGGCGUUGCGGCUAUCGACGAGACGGCUUGUAACGAGACAAUGUCGUUUAUGAUGGCAAUGAUGUACGACAGCCCAUCUGCACCGAACUACUGGGAAUUCUCGAAUGUUGCGCCUCCCGCGUUUCCGGUACAAGGGUUCAGGAUUGUAUACGGAUGUUGA